AAGUUAUAUUGGUGUAAGUGUAAGGUAGAAUAAGAGGCAGGAGAGUAGUUGUAAAGAAAAGGCAAAUUAAGUAGAGAAGAAAGAGCAUAUUAAGGUGUGUCUCUCUUGGACUCAUUCAUUCCCUUCCUUCAAUCAAUCAAUCGCAUAUAUCUCUUUCUCCUCAUCCUCUAUCUAUUCUCCUUCCCUCUCCCUCUCCCUGAACAUACAUACACAUUUCAUGGCUGUUCAAGCUCAAUAUCCAUCCAAUGUCCUCCUUCUAAACAACAAUAACAGAAAUGGACAAGAAGGACAUGAUGAGUACUCUUCCUUACAACCACAGCCACCAGGAGGAGGAGGAUCAUUAGGACUAUCACUUCUUGAUCAUCCCCACAAUAUCCUAUGCAACAACACAAGUACUAAUUCUUCUCGCAAGAGAGGAAGAGAAACAACAACAGGAGGAACAGGAACAACAGAAAACAACGUUAUUAAUCAUCAAUAUCUCUCUUUACAACAACAACAACAACCUCAACCUUCACAAAUUAUUCAUCUUUCUCAACUUCAUAAUCAUCAUCAACAACAACAACAACAACAAAAUGUCGUCUCCACUGGCCUUCGUUUAUCAUUUGAUGAUCAUCAUCAACAACAACAAAGAUUACAAUUACAACUUCAUCAACACCAACAAUCUCAACAACAACAACAACAAGAUUGUCACUCCUCUACUUUCUUGUCUCUAUAUUCACAAGGACUCAUUUCUCAAAUCAAACAACAAAGUCAUGAAUUAGACCAAUUCAUUCAAGCCCAGGGAGAGAAUCUGCGGCGGACAUUGGCGGAGAAGAGGCAGAGACAUUACAGGGAGCUACUAAACGCGGCGGAGGAAGCGGUGGCGCAACGACUCAGAGAAAAAGAAGCAGAAUUCACAAAAGCCAGGCGCAAAAACGCAGAGUUAGAAGCGCGUGCAGCUCAAUUAACCAUGGAAGCCCAAUUAUGGCAGGCAAAAGCCCGGGCCCAAGAAGCCACGGCAGCAUCUCUUCAAGCCCAGCUACAGCAGACAAUAAUGUGUCAAACCGGCGAAGAAGCCGGCGGAGGCGGUGUUUCAUGCGCCGUGGAAGGACAGGCUGAGGAUGCCGAAUCGGCAUAUAUUGAUCCGGAUAGAGUGGUUGUUGUUACGGAGGCGCGUGGGAAAUGUAGAGGGUGUGAGAAGCGCGUGGCGUCGGUGGUUGUUUUGCCUUGUCGGCACUUAUGCAUAUGUACAGAAUGCGAUGCGCAUUUCAGAGCAUGCCCUGUUUGCUUUACUCUCAAGAAUUCAACCGUUGAGGUCUUUCUCUCUUAGCAACAAAAAAACAACUAUAAUAAUUUUAUUUAUUUACCUAAAAUAAUUAAUUAAUUACCAUUGUUCAUAUACUAUCUUCAUUUUUUUUUCUUUUCUUUCAAUCCUACCCUGAAAAAAGACAAAAUAAAUAAAAUUACAUUUUUGUUUUCUUUUAAAUGAAAUCUACAUUAACCAAUUAGAAGUUUGGUUUUAGUAGACUUUUUUUUUACCUUUGGUUUAUGUACAUUACCACAUGGGUAACAAGUGGUAUUUCAUUUUAUUUUACUUAUCAAUUUUGAUUAUUUA